AGCGAGCGUACAUGCGAGAAGAUGUUCCCUUGGAUCGGUUUCUUGGAUCAUCUCUCCUUCGCGACAAGUGAUACAUAAAAAAGUGUGCAGAGUGAAUCGAUAAGUCUUGUGAUAUUUCUAAAUCUUUAUUAUCCUUUCAUCCCAGGACAAAGUAUAUUUUCUUCGAAGAACUUAAAUCAAGAAGGUAUCGAAGAAAUAUCUUCGAAAAUUUAAAUUACGCGGGUAAUUGCCGAUCUUAAAAGGGAAUCUAGAUCAACGCGAUAUGCAUUAUACGCGAGUUUUCACGCGAAAGAUUCUAUUUCAAGCGCACGUGGACACACACAGAUUUCAUUGAAACGAACGAAAUGACGUCGUCGCGUGCGAACGUCGACUCUCUCGUUAAAGAAUACCGGGAACUUUUGGAGAAGAAAACGCAUAAUGUAUGAGAAUAUCGCGAUUGAGAAGGUCGAAAACGUCGAAACGACGAAACAACGAGGACACAAGGGGAGAGAGAGACCGAUCAUAUGGUCUAAUUUUAAUGCGAGUUGUUUUACCUUAGUGACCUAAAAAUAUCGGUGAAAUUCGAUUAGCCUAGAGCCUGCCGUCUUCCGCUGCCUGCGGCAUGCGAGGAGCAUCUAGCUAAGUAUUUUUAGGAAAAACUCUUCCAACAUUUUCACGAACGAAAUCGUUUUACACUGGAUAUACAUAUAUACAUAUCGGUUGGCUCAUCCUUUUGCUUUUACAGCCAACGUAGUAUCGAUGACUUUCAAAGAGAAUUCAAUUUUCUGUAUUCGAUCGAACGAAAUGCGUCGAUCGAUCGAUCGCUCUUUUGCGAACUAAUCCGAAAAGUUUUUUUUUUUUAUACUUAAAAGGAUGAUAACGAGUUUUAUGGGAUAAAGCAUUAACUUGUCGAAACUUUUCGAACCAAGCAGAUUUAUGAACGUAGAAGAAAGUAAUGGGAAGUAGGAUAGAAUCGUUAUCAAGCAUAAUAAACGAGAGAUCAGCGAAGACGGGAGUGUCGUCGUUGCCAUCGUCGUCGUCGUCGUCGUCGUCGUCGUCGUCGUCGUCGUCGUCCUCGUCGUCCUCUUCGUCAUCAUCGUCGUCGUCGUCGUCGUCGUCGUCGUCGUCGUCGUCGUCGUCAUCGUCGUCGCCGUCGUCGUUAGAAGAUAAGACCGUUUGUGGCGAUUUCAUGGGAAGAAAACGUGUAUCAACAAAGGUGAAGAAAGAAGAGGCUGACGAAGAAAUUAGGGAAUAUGCAGCAACGGCAAUGAGUGAAUUGUUGGGAUGGUAUGGCUAUGAGAAAGUCGAUAGUGGCUACACCAGAGGCUUAAAUCUUGAUCACUUUGCACCCGUUGCAACUUCGAAACAUCCCUUGCCUCAAAUGGAUCGACAGUUUAUAUUCAACGGGGCUUCGUCGAGAUCGCCGAUGGCGACGAAUCAUCAGUCGGCCUUUUCUCAUUCUCUACGAACGAAAUUACCACCGUCGUAUUAUUCUAACGAAAUUUCGAAGAAUCCCGAUAAAGUUCCGGCAACUUCUUCCUUAGAAAUCAAAACUGUACCAUCUACCUCACGAUUACCUUAUCACAACGAUUCGACUUCGAGUAGUCCAGAUGAAAUGACGGACGUCGGACACAGAGUAAUAUCCUGUUCUUGGUGCGGACGAAUCGGUGAGACGUGGGAACCGGGAAGAACGAAUCCACUCUCUUGCGGAAUGGUCAAUGCUUUGGGACAAUUUUGUAGCGAAGCAUGUUUUGCCGCUGGCCGAAGAGCUGCUUUCAAGAGAGCUCGUACCUGUGAUUGGUGCAGACACGUACGAAAUCCGAUCAGUUACGUUGAUUUUCAGGACGGCGAAAGUCAGCUUCAAUUUUGUAGCGACAAGUGCUUGAAUCAAUACAAGAUGAACAUAUUUUGCCGAGAGACCGAGACUCACCUUGCCCUCCACGGACUCACCGCGAUACCUUCGAGCGAUUCUGGAAAGGGUGGUGGAUUGAUCACACCUGAGCUUUGGCUUCGAAACUGUCAAUCGCCUCGUAGUUCGACGGAGGAAAUUCUGAUCGUCGACGACGAAUCGAUCAGCAGGCUCUCGCCUUUGUCGUCUCAGAACGUCGAGGUCGAUCGCAAAGAGUCCAUCGAUGUUGCGAAAUCUGAAAAUUUGUCUCUCAAGAUAAUAAGAAGAAAUUCUUUUUGCACGCGAACAGACGUUAAUGCGACAUCGAGGGCAUUCAUAAGAAAGAUGGAGAACGCGGACGAAAAGAUGAGCGAGGACGGCGAGAGUGUUCGCGAGACCAUUAAGGAAUCGUUGAAAGAUCAAGAAUAUCAAAAGUAUUAUCAUUGCACGAACGAUCGUAUACAUUGCAGGCUUCCUUAUUCGGAGUCGAAUUUGUUAAACCUGAGCCAAUCGGGAUCGACUUUCGUGGAUCACAACAAACAACGUAUCAUGGGAAGCGUGAUGGACGGUGAAUUGCACGACAGGCAUCAGAUCUAUAAAUCUGCUAUCGAACAGAAAACUGAUAUACACGUGAAGGACGUGAAAGGAUUGCGAGGGAGAGAAUCCAGAAGUCGGGAAAAUAUUCGAUACUCCCAGCAGAGAAAAUUUCGUAAAUCGUCCUCUUGGAUUCCGGAGGCAUCUUCCUCGCCGAUACAAUCGGAGGCAGCACCUUCGCCCGGCUCUUGUGCCGACGAAUCCAGGCAACGUAAAUAUCCCUCGGAUCUCAGAAUGUAUACCGAAAUGCCAUCGGUUCAUCCUGUUCAAUCUCAAUUAUCGGCCCAGGCUCCGUCCUCGUCGUUGUUACCUCCCGUGACGAUACUCGUCCCUUAUCCGAUACCGAUACCAAUUCCAGUUCCUAUACCUAUACCACUUCCCACAUCGGUCUUUGCCAAAUUUCUGACCGAGAAGAAGGAAACAUCGUUGAACAACACAGAUUCCGAUCGAAAGAGUUCUAUCUCGGACAAUUUAACGGAUAGUGUUAUCUCUACGACGGAUCAUACGACAUCCGUAAAAACCAGUUCCCCGUCUACUCCUGCGGGACCAGACAAGUGUCACUUUACGGUGGUUUCUUCCAAUAGCGACAGUGAACAUUCUAGCGCGAUAUCGAGUAAAAACAUCGUUUCGAAAAAUUCUACGAGGUCAUUGAGAAAAAAGAAACGCGUUAACGAGGAUACGGAAAGUGCCGAUCGUCAAGCAAAGCGAAGAAGUAAAUUUCUAACGACCUAGGAAUUUUGCGCAGCGUUUAGACAUUUUUAUAUUACUUCGAUUCGUUUUGCCAUUAAAGUAACUAUUUUGACGAUGA